GUCUAUAUUGGACAAUAUAUUAUUAUGUGUACAGAAUGAGACUUUUUUAGUAAUCAUAAUUUUUCAAUUUUUGUAAUCAUCGUAUGAAAAAAAUGUUAAAAAUAAAAAUCGUAUUGUUUCGAUAUAACUAUUAUAAUUGAAAAAAAUUAUACUUUGUUGAAAUUAUAUAUUUUUUAUUUUUUUUUACAAAUAAUGCUAGAAUUUAUAAUUUAUUAUUUUUUUUAAUCAAUUUGUCAAUUGGCAAUAUUAAUAAAUCAUUAUUAUAAUUAAAUCAUAUCACUUAAAAUGAGUUUUAACAUAUGUUCAACGAAAGAAAUUAAAAAUGUUAUUUAUAUAAACAGUUAUAUAAUAGUUAUUGAAAUCAUACGAUUAUUAUUUAACAUUUUUCGCGGUAGAAAAAUCCUAAUAAUUGUUGAGAAGAAAAAAAUAAGCUUGCAAUUGCUUUCUUGAGAUUGGUUACACAAUGAUAUAUUCGUUUUGGCGCACAUCUUAGAGGGAAAAGUGUCAACUAAAUUGAAAUCAUGUAUAAAGAGGAGGUACGCACACCGAUUAUCAAUAAUAUCGACGGAAUGGUUGCCUUCAGGCCUUCAUCCUAUUUUAGGCAUAGCAUAUUUUUCUAAGAUUGUAUCAUGAUAUUAUUGGAAGUAGAAUUUUGCCUAUGACGAGUGAAUGACAAUGAUGAUAUAUUCAUAGAUACACAGAGAAAGAAAAAAUGAAGAACAAACGAGAGUAUGAACGAUCGAAUGAAUGAAAGUAAGGAAAAUAAUUUCAAAAUGAGAAAAUAAAACGAAUCGGGAAAAGGAUAGAUAAAACAGUGUUCGUACUUUGCUGAUUACAUUAAGGACGUAACAAUGCUUGUAAUUAUUACACGAUUGAUAUUAGUAUAUUUAAGCGAUUAAAAGGAAAGAAAUAACGUCGACUUUAUUCAUACAUGUAUCGUUACGAUUUUAUCAUCCUUUUGACAAGAAUAUAUUAGAUGUAGUAUAUCUUAGGUUCUUUCGUAGAUGAGAAAAAAAAUUAUCUCAAUGUGUUAUUUGUUUCUACGCCUAUGAUCCAUAAGAUUUCUACUUUCGUUUCCACGUACCUCCUUGUUAUAAAUCUCUCUUUGAUCGUAUAUAUCGAUCUCUCUCACGAUCAUUCUUGAAUAUUUAUAAUUAUAGUUAAUUAUAUUUAUGUAUAUUUAACAAAAUAUAUAUAUAUAUAUAUAUAUAUAUAUAUAUAUAUAUAUUUAUAUAUAUAUAUAAAUUUACCGCCCUGAAAAAGAUUCGGCAGAUAAAGUUAUUUGCUUAAUCAAGCUUAAUCAAGCUUAAUCAAGCUUUGCAAAAUUGUACAUAAUGUGCACUUUCAAGUAUGUCUGCCAUUUUUAUUGAUUCAAUCAAUCGAUAUAAUUUAUUGAUUGAAGAAAUUAAUAAUAAUUUUCCUAAUGUUAAUUCUUAGCAACUAAAUAAAAGUUGCAAUGCAAUCUUAGGACAAUAAGACAUAGAAGGCACGAACUAAGUUUUUGCUUAUUCAAAUUAUAUGUAAAAAUAUUGGCAUGAAAUAAGAUUAUGAUCACUAGUUUAAUGAUUAUUUCAUAUUGUGUUAUCAUAUCGUGAUAGCACUCAAAAAUUAAUGACCAAUAAAUAUAUGAUUAUUUAAAAAUAGAAAAUAGAACUGUUCUAUUUUCUUAUUUUAGUCUUUUUUUUGUAAAAAAAAAUAACACAUUAAUUUAAAUAUUUUUAAAAAAUUAAUUAAUUUAAAAAAAUGCUUUUAAUUUUUAUUUUUAAUAAAUAAUGCAUAAUUAAUAAAAAUUAAAGUAAUAAUUGUACUUCGUUCGCGCCUCAUUUAUAAAUUAAUUCAAUGCGCAUGCGCUUGAGUUUGUCUUUAUUGUGAGUAUCGAACUGUAAGCAUAGUAUAAACGUUAGGCAAAAUAGAAGAGGUUAUCGUGUGCGUCUAUAAUUUGUAUGUGUUUUUCAAUAUUUCUAAUCGAAAGAGUCUUUAAUUUUGAAUUAAUUAAAAAAAAAUUUCAGUGUGUUAUUUGAAUUAGUAUAAGAAAAAGCCAAAAUGUCGAUCGGAGUACCGAUAAAAGUACUCCAUGAAGCGGAAGGUCAUACCAUAACCUGUGAAACAAAUACUGGCGAAGUAUAUCGCGGCAAAUUGAUAGAAGCCGAAGACAAUAUGAAUUGUCAAAUGCAAAAUAUUACUGUAACUUAUAGGGAUGGUCAUGAGGUGCAAUUAGAAAACGUUUAUAUUAGAGGUUCGAAGAUUAGAUUUCUCAUAUUACCAGAUAUGUUGAAGAACGCGCCAAUGUUUAAACGACCAGGAGGAAAAGGUUCAGGAACCGCAGGCAGAGGAAAAUCUGCUAUCUUACGUGCCCAAGCUCGUGGAAGAGGUAGAGGUCAAAAUCAAAGAGGUAGAGGAACAGGUUCUGCACCUUGGCUUAAUCAACAAAAUCAACCUGGAGGAUCUCAAGCAGGAAGAGGACGAGGUUAAAUUGUAUUAUAAUAGGAAAACUUAUAAUAAGAAAAAAAUUAUUGAAUUGAACCUGUAACUAAUCUUUUUAUAUCGUUUAUAAAAGAUGUUUCAAUAAAUUCCUUUUGAUUGCA